AUGAAUCCACCUUCUCAGACUCAAGUACAGGUGUUGCAACAGCCACCGAUGCCAAUGGCUCCAUCGCCUUCAAUGACAUCAAUGGCCACCACUCCCUCUACAUCAUCACAGGGCGCAGUGCCAAUCAAUCAACAAAAGACUCUUGAGUUGACUCAAGACUCUGUAAAGAAGUUACUUGAUGAGAAUACCUUAAUUAUAUUCACGGUAUUGGAGAAUCAGAACUCAAUUAGAAUGGAAGAUUGCGUCAAGUAUCAACAUAAGUUGCAUUAUAACCUGUUUAAUCUUGCAAAAGUAGCUGAUCAACAACAGCAACAAGCUAAAGCACAGGCCCUGGCGCAACAACAACAAAAGGCACUUCAACAACAAGGAGCUUCAGGACAAACUGGUUCGGUGCCAACUCAGGGAGGAGGUCAAACUACACCUGGUGCACCUUCUGGCUCAUCAGAGUCUGGCUCACAUCAGCCGCAACAGCAACAACUUCCAACAGCAAUGCCCACAACACCACCACAGAAUGGUACGCCAACGAAUGGUGUCCAAGUCCAAAUGAUGCCACAACAGGUCCAGUCACCAUUGAUGCAACAGCAACAGACUGGUGUAUCGCCCGGUCAACAACCGCAGGUUGGUCAUCAACAACCCCAACCCUCACCUCCCAUGACACAGACUCAGCAGCAGCAGCAGCAGCCUCAGACAUCACAUGGACAACAGAUGGUUGGAGGUGGCUAUGGACAAAACCAGGCUCAACUCUCGCCUCAAAUACCAAAGCAACAGCAGCAACCACAGCAGCCAACGACUGGGCCACAACAGCAUUCGGUCGUGUCACCCGUGCAGGCUCAGCAGCAGUCUUACAACUCACCAAUCCCCGUUCACAUGAAAUCACCAAUGGUUUCACAGCAGCAGUCGUCAGUCGGCGCCGAUGUCAUGACGUCUCCGACCAACUCCAAUGUUCAUAUCUCUCCAAACAUCAAUCAGCAACAGCAACAGCAGCCCCAGCAACAACAACAGAACACGCCAACAUAUUAUACACCACCUCAGUCACAACAACAACAACAACAACCAACUACUCCACAACAACAACAACAACAGGCGCAACAGAAGCAACAACAGCAACAACAACAACAAUACAGUUAUAAUACACCUCCUCAACCUCAACAACAAACAUCUGCCCAGCUACUAUCACCUCAAGCAACACAAGCAUCUUCAUCGCCCCAAAACCAACAGAUCACAUCUCCACAGCCUCAACAACAUGUCCAGACACAGCAACAAGGUUCACCAUUGGCGGGCCAGACUAUGAUGCAGCCACCACAACAACAGCAGAACACGUCCAUCCAUUCACCACUGGCACAGACUACGAUGCAGCCUCAACAACAACAACAAUAUCAACAACAGCCGCAACAACAAUAUCAACCACAAGUGCAGCCAGGUUCAAAUUGGUGGUCGCAGCCCUCAACAACCCUCAGCAGCCAACAACCUCCAACAACAACCAACAUCCACAACAGCAGCAUCAGAUGCAGCAGCAGCAGCCACAACAACAACAGCCACAACAAAUGCAACCUCCACAACAACAACAGACCAUUCAUCAACAACAACAGCAGCAGCCACAACAACAACAGCAAGUUCCAAUGCAACAGCCACAACAGAUGA